CUUCCGUGGUGCGUUCCAUAAGUCAUCCAGUCUGUGGCUGUCUCCGCGAGCGGAAGGACGUGCGGCUGGGUCUUUCUUGCCUCCGUGUGGUCUGAGGCUGACAGCUCGUCGCGGCCACAGACAUGCCCCUUGGGCCACGGAUUGAAUUGCAAGACCCUGCUGACCAGCGUCACUUUCUGAGACCUCGCGUCCGCACGGGCCCUCACGAUUCUGUAUUCGCGAUGGGGUAUAUAGGUGAUCCAAGGCUUACUCGGCGAAUUCGUCUCAGCGGCUCGGCCUCAGCUAAAACGGCCUACUGCUCGAACGCCCUCUCCCCAGUCGACCACUCCUCGCCAUGUCCUCUACAGCCACUGUGGAACUGAUGGCCAUCGGCGUACAACAGCACGGUGCCCACUAUUUGCAUGGUAUCGCGAAGCGGCUCAUCCACGGAAUGCCAGUGGUCGUCAUUGUGCAGAGCACCGACGACGCCGAGGCUGAUGAGAAGGAGGCGGAGCUGCCACCGUACGUAGAGUCGAUUCCCAUCGAGCGGAUGCUCCCUGGGGAUGGCGUUCCCGGAGAAGAUAAUGCUAUCGUGAAGGAGGCCGCGGAGUCGAUGACUGCGCUCAAGGAUUGCAAGGAACAAGUCGAUAGGUUGAAGGGCAUGCUCGAUGACCUAGCCAAACAUGACUGGGAGCGCGAGAAGGUGAAAGGCGUGCUGGAUGCGGUAGGAUCGGUGCAAACGGAGGCAGACGCGGGCCUCGCGCUAUCCAGGAAGAUCACCAAGUCCCACGUCCUGUUCUGCGGCCAGAUGGCGAGGACACUCAGGAGCGCGGCGAGUCCCGAGGAACACGGGCAUGUGUCGCGGGACGCGGACGUCGUCGCCACCGGGGAGAGCGUCCGCGCCGCAUUCUCCGAGUUCUCGGCACACAUCGGCGCGUUGCAGGACGCGCUGCACGGCGUAGCAGAGCAGAUCGACGUGGUGAAGGAGAAGGGCAGCCAUUGGCUCCUUCACCCGCGCACGCACUACGUGUGGGUGAAGCUGCGGGAGUCCCUCCCCGUGAUCCUCAAGACGGUCGUGCAGAUCAUCUCCCACAUCGGGAAGAUUCUGGGCCUGGUGCACCCUGUUGCCAACAUCAUCUCCGCUCUCGCCGACGCCGUUCAUGCGCACCUUAGUAAAUCCGACGCUAAAGGCGAACACCAUGACUCGGAAACGCACGGAGUCCAUCACGAGUAUGAUUAUAGUGGCAUCAAGAAGAUCCUGGACUUCAUCCGCGAAACGAUGCCACAGCAUGUCAAGAAAGUCCAGGACAUGCUGAAGGAUUCCUACACCAAUAUGGAGCAUCCGAUGCUGAAGGUCGAGGACCAGCUGGGCACGCAUUACAUUCGUAUGGAACCGGAAGACGCGAAGAGAGCGGCUGCAGCGUGGGAGCAGGUGGGCACUCGCCUAGAUGAGGCGCUGGAAGCACACUGUCGGAAGGCGGGCGUGGUUUGCUAGUACCUGGACGACGGCAACGCAUGCGUACGUGUACGUAUCCCAGAGCUUGCCAUGUUUUGUGCGCUCACAGACACGUUCACGGCGAGCCUGAACUUGACAUAGUAACGUCG